AUGGCCGCAGCGGCCGCCGCGCUGCCGGCGGCGCGGCGGCUCCGCGUCGGCCUGAUAGGCCACGGCACGAUCGGCCAGUACGUGGCCGAGAAGCUCCUGGACGGCCGCACGCUGCCGGGGGCCACCCUGAGCGCGGUGCUCGUGAGCAGGCCGAGGGACCCGCCGCCAGAGCUCUCUGGCGAGGGCGCGCCGCUGUUCACGGCCGACGCGGAGGCCUUCCUGGGCGCCCCGUGGGACCUCGCCGUGGAGGCGGCGGGCCAGGCCGCGGUGCGCGGGUUGGCCGCGAGGUGCCUGGGCCCCCUGCGGCGGGACUUCAUGGUGACCUCCGUCGGCGCCCUCUGCGACGAUGCGCUGCACCGGGAACUGCUGGGCGCGGCCGAGCAGUCUGGCGCACGCCUCCUCAUCGCCGCCGGGGCCCUCCCUGGGAUGGACUGGAUGUCGUCGGCGGCGCUCGAGGAGGUCGAGGCCGUGUCCAUCACCCAGAUCAAGCGGCCAGAGGGCUGGACCGACCGGCACGCCGGCGGAGGAGCGGGUGGACCUCGCCGGCAUCUCGGCGGCCACCACCGUCUACGAGGGCUCGGCCCGAGAGGCGGCGACGCUGUUCCCCAAGAACGCCAACAUAUCCGCCGCGCUGGCGCUGGCGACGGUGGGGCUCGACGCCGCCAAGGUCCACCUGGUGGCCGACCCGGCGGUGUCGGGCCCGACCCAGAGGAUCGAGCUGCGCGGCGCCGCGGGCGAUCUCAGCAUCGAGGUGCGCGGCCGCCCCGCAUUCGGGAGCCAGCGCACGUCGAUGGUGGUCCCGCUGUCUGUCGUGAAGGCGAUCCGGAACCUGUCGUCGCCCGUGUUCAUCGGGGUGUGAGCUCUCAAGGGGCGUCGGCUUGCCCCCGUCCCCAGACGCGGAGGAGGCGGGCGAGUUGA